AUGAUGUCUAUGAACAGCAAGCAGGCUUUCAGCAUGCACCCCAUCCUGCACGAGCCGAAAUACACCCACCUGCACACCAGCUCGGAGGCCAUCAGGAGAGCCUGUCUGCCAGCCCCCCAGAUCCAAGGCAAUAUCUUCGCGGGCUUCGAUGAGACUUUGCUGAGAGGGGCUGAAGCUCUGGCAGCUGUGGAUAUAGUGUCUCAGAAAACCCAUCCCUUCAAACCAGAUGCCACCUACCACACCAUGAGCAGCGUCUCCUGCACGCCUACCUCUUCUUCGGUUCACCUGCACCACCCCUCGGUGCUGACCACCCACCAUCACCACCACCACCACCACCAGCCCUCGCAGGGUUUGGAGGGGGAGCUCCUGGACCACCUCAACUCUGCCAUCCCGCUGGGGGGUGUGCCCGGACCCGAGGUGGGCUCCACGCCCUCCCACCCGCACUCCCACAUGCCAGCCCUCAACCACAUGGCCCACCACCCUCAGUCCAUGAACAUGUCCCACCCCCACGGCUUGGCCUCCCAUGCUGUCAUCUCAGGCCCCGAGACAGAGACAGACCCCAGGGAGCUGGAGUCCUUUGCUGAGCGGUUCAAGCAGAGGAGGAUCAAACUUGGGGUGACCCAGGCAGACGUGGGCUCCGCCUUGGCCAACCUGAAGAUCCCAGGUGUUGGCUGCCUGAGCCAGAGCACCAUCUGCAGGUUCGAGUCCCUCACCUUGUCCCACAACAACAUGGUGGCCCUGAAGCCCAUUUUGGAGGCUUGGCUGGAGGAGGCUGAGAGGGCUCAACGAGAGAAAAUGACCAAGCCCGAAAUCUACACUGGCGGGGACAAGAAACGCAAGCGCACUUCCAUAGCAGCCCCGGAGAAGAGGUCGCUGGAAGCUUAUUUUGCUGUGCAGCCCAGACCUUCCUCGGAGAAAAUCGCAGCCAUUGCAGAGAAGUUAGACUUGAAGAAGAACGUGGUGCGCGUCUGGUUUUGCAACCAAAGACAGAAACAGAAAAGGAUGAAAUUUUCUGCAACCUACUGA